AUGCCGCAUGAGCUGAUUUUGGGCAUCUCUUUGUUCGCUGGUCGCAGUUUUUAUUCUUUUCCUCUUCCACAGGAUAUUGUUUGCAAGACAGUUUAUGAGUUCUGGUUUGAGGAACCUACUGGUUCACAAACUCAGUUCUUUGGAGAUGGUAGCUCUGUUCCAUGGGAGGUGGCUAAAAACACUGAACAGAUUGUUGAGAUGUUGAGGAGGAUGCCAAGUCAUCAACUUCUUGUGACGUUAGAGGAAAUGGCUAUGCAGGAAGGAGAGAGGCGGACGCUUCCAUAUGUGCUAGCUUUGCACGCAUUCUGUGUUGUGGAUCCAACACUCUGUGCACCAGCUUCUGACCCUUCCCAGUUUGUGGUCACUCUUCAAAUUAUAUCAACUCCUAGUAUAACCGAUACUAGGAAUUUUUUUAAUAAAAAAUAG